AUGGGACCGGCCGAGGCUCCCUCUUCACCCGUUUUCCCUGCUCUGGACCCCAUUAUCAUGGACGACGAGAUGGAGUCCACCUUCCGAAAUGCCAACGUGGAUUUCCUCGACCCGACAAAAUUAGACAUGUCCCCUGAGAAUGCCGGCGGUGCCUUCGACGAUUUGUUUGCCCGAGCCUCGAACUCCCGCUCAAAUGCCGAGUCAUCGAAACCAUACCAGAAUCAAAACCCCCUGAGGCAACCGCCCCUCAUGACGGCUGAUUCUCCCGCAGAAUCUCCAGACAAUUCGAGCCGUAGCUCGUCGUCCGAAUCUCCUCGGAAUCAUCUUCGGCAGGCAUCAGUCGCGUCAACGAAUUCUGCCUCUCACAGCGACCACCCGUUGGCCUCUGCCGGCUUCCCCUCGGAGGACUGGAUGCGCCCGGAGUUAUCGUCAGUGAAAGAGGAAUCGCCAUUCACCAUCGAGCCGUCAUACCCCAUGCAUGGUGGCUUCUCUAUGGAUCCCGACCUGGAGACCAGCAACAAAGCGAUGGACGCGGCUUUUGAUUUUGAGAGUGCAGCAAGCAGUCCCAGUCCAUUGAAAAUCGAGAACGGGUCACAACCAAAAGCCCAAAAACGUCCCAGCUCGCAGAUCUGGAGUCCGUCGAAUACCCCCGCGGUCCCAGCCUCAACCUCGGCCACGGCACCGCCCUCGAUUCCUACGCCCGGUUCUCCGUUCUUCAACUUUGGACUUGGAGAGCAGCCUUCUCUUACUGGUACGAUCGGCCACGAUGCAGAAAAACCGCCUCAAUGGGACGGGCAGUCGCCUUCUUCGUUACUGGAGGAAAGCUUCGGAGGCAUCAACAUGAAUGCCCAAACACCCCUCAAUCCCUCGCUCUCUCCCAACUUGAACUUCGGAUCGCCCUCCUCGUUCCCGUUCCCUGUCACUUUCGCAUCUUCUUCGGCCCAGCCCUCGAUACAAUCCGCGAAUUCCUUGCAGCCUGUUCUGACGGUGCAUCCGACCUCACUCAAAUCGCGUGUCGAAACUCAGAUUCCAAUUCGCCUGACUCUCUCUCCAUUACCCGCAGGCGUGAAGAAGCUGCGCCUUCCCGCCCACACUAUUUCGAAACUAAAAUUCCUCGCUCCCCCUUCCACCGAAUCUACGCCCGAUACUCUCCAGUUGCAUACCAGCUUAGUAUGUACGAGUGCGAUGCAAGACCGGGAAAAGCUCAAGAAGGCCUUUGUGCGGACAAGAGGUGACCAAUCCGGUCCGAAUGCUCCAGAGGAAGAGCGGCCGUUGGAUGGUGGCGAUGUCAAGAUCUGCACGGGCUGUAUUCAGCGAGAACGAAAACGCGCCUCUCGGAAGAAACAGCGGAAACCGGAGGAAGAUGAGUUGUUUCAGAAAGAUGAAGAGAAAAGGGUCAUUGUCUUCAACACCAGCGAGAUCAAGGAGUGGACUGAGCCGCCAAAGAAUGCGUCCUCCGGCUAUGGGGACAUGGCAACGGUACCACCUGGAUCAAUGCAAGUGGAGCUACCAAUGCGCAUAGCGUGCUACUGUCGACACCAAAACGAGAAACUUGGGUUCCAGGUCAUUUUCACCGUCAAGGAUCACCUGGGCAACGUUGUGGCGCAGGCAAUCACCAACUCUAUCAUGAUUACCGACGACCACAAGACACAGGCUCCCUCGGCGCCUCCUAUUUCUGGCCCUUCGCCUUCUUUACCUGACAGGGCUCAGCUACCAGGCGUUGGGGUUUUCCCAUCGGGGUCGAAUCUCGACAACGGAAAGGGAACAGGCCCAUUUGGCACGCCGCAGUCUCCGACUGAUCUACAGGGCCUCCAACAACGAUUCAAUUCGCAAUACCAGCUCACGCCUAGCUCAUUUGCUGCGGCUCAAAACUCGGCAAAUGGAGGCACUUCAAGCUCCCAGACACCGCGGAACUUGUCUCGACAGACAUCUCCAACCGAAUUCCAAGGCCCGCAGAGCAAACGGCGGAAGCACAGCAGUUCGGGGCGAUUGCCUUCGGAGCUUAUUAUGACGCGAAUGGAAACUCCGCAGUCAUCUUCGUCAGCAAUGAGCAAUGCUGCACAACUGGCUGCGGCUCGUGGAUUUGCUUCGCCAACGGAGCGACCUUUCGUGACACCGUCCUCGAUGUCCGGGCAAUAUGGGAAUGGGCCUCCGACCCCUAACCAAAGCAAUGACAACAAUCCUUUCUUCAAUCCCACGCCUGCUCAGCGGCAAAGCUUGGAUAGCCUUGCCCAGCAAUCCUUAGUAUCAGCACCCAAUUCUGCUCACCCCAGUCGUCCUGGAACACCGGGCGGCUCAGCUCGCAACAGCUUGCAAGAUCAAAACCUUGCUCUUGCACUUGGUGCAAAUUCCGCGGGUCAAAUUUGGCCUCCUCUCGCCAGUACCCCGAGCCGGUUGCCUUCGGUGAUCCACAAGCUGGUGCCCGCCGAGGGCUCGAUUACGGGAGGUACCGAGGUUACUUUGCUGGGUAGUGGAUUCUACCCCGGCAUGGAGGUUGUAUUCGGUGACACUCUCGCAACGACCACCACGUUCUGGGGUGAUAAGUGCCUCAAUUGCUUGACCCCUCCUGCGCUUCAGCCGGGGUUGGUGUCAGUCGUCUUCAAACAUGAGCAUCCGACAUUUGGCCAAGUCCAGCAACCUCAGCCUUUGAUGCCCAAACAACAACUUUUCUUCCGCUAUGUUGAUGAUCGUGAGCUUCAGAUGUACCGUCUGGCACUCAACAUCCUGGGCCAGAAGCUCGGAAGUCAAGCGGAUGCCUUCCACACAGCUCAGCAGAUCAUGGGGAGCGAUCCGAACGCCAUCUUCAACAUGCAAAAGGACAUGCAAGGCGGUUCGUCUGGCGGUAACCAACGCCAGGUGCCAGGGCUGGAGGCUCAGGGUAAACUGAGCGAUCUUGACUCCAAGAUGCUAACUUACCUGGAAUAUAUCGACUUGGAUGACAGCCCACGGCCGCCGCGGUACAAUUCUCGUGGCUCCACCGGCCAGACUCUACUUCACUUUGCGGCAUCGUUGGGACUGACGCGGUUCGUUGCGGGGCUCCUCGCCCGAGGUGCGAACCCCGACGUGCAGGACAACACUGGCAAUGCGCCGAUGCACCUGGCAGCCCUUCAGGGACAUGCUCACAUCGUUCACCGACUGCGUCUGGCUGGCGCCAAUGCCAGUACACGCAGUGUGCGAGGCUUCACCGCUGCCGAUCUCGCAACAACGCUCCCAGCGCAUCAGGCCGCCUUGCUUCCCUCGCGACACUACCGAUCUCGCAGUGUCGGGUCUCUUGCCUCGCGUCGCCGCCAGAGCAGCUCCGCCUCUCUGAGUUCCCUUUGGGAGGCGUCAUCGGCUUCUGGGUCUCUCGGACAUGCCGUUGAUGACUCGGAGGAACUGGAUGAUGAAGAUGAGGUUAGCGACGAAUCCGAUUCGAACCCUCUUCAUUCCAAUCCAUCGCGACGAUCCAGCAUGCAUCAAGAUGCCAUUCCGCCGGUCGUCGACUCCAGUGAACAACCUGCGGCCCCUGGUGAUGCUCGUGGCUUCUCUCCGCCGGCGGCUCUUGUCGCUUGGCGCAACCAGCUAGCCGCCCAGAUCAACCAAUUCCAACAAAGUGUGGCCAACGCAUUCCCGAACAUGCCUGUGCUUCCCCCGAUGCCCGCUCUGCCGGACUAUCAAGCACAUCCGAUGAUGCGCCGCAUCACCAAUCUUGUGCCUCACAGGCCCACCGCUCGGGACGGAUGGUGGGAUCUUUUGAAGGGCACCACCGCACCCACCCAGAACCAGCCGCCGUCCUACGACGAACUGUACCCACACCAGGAAGACGACGAAGGGACAGUCGAGAUGAAGAAAUCUGCUCUCUUGCGUGCGGCGACCGAGGCAGCUUUGGAUCAACACUUUGAAGCCCAGAGCAGUGCCUCGGCGCCCACAGCUUCCGCAUCCUCCUCCACCUCUACGCAUACCCGGCCGGAGAAGGAUGACUUGAAGAACAUCACCAUCGGGCGAAAGGUUAUCUCGCGCGAACAGCAGAAGCAUCUCCGGGAGCAACAGGCUCGACGAAUGAAGGGACUCGGCAGUGACCGGAAUCUCUAUUUCAUUUGGAUUCCCCUUCUACUUCUGGUGAUUUGCGCGUGGGUUCGGAACUACGUCCCCGGGAUCUGGCAAGGUGUUAUGGACAGUUUUGAAUUUGUGAAAGCCCGCUCUACCCAGCGGGCUGUGGAAAUGGGUGUCUAG